CCUAGCCUAACGCCGGCGUCCAGCGGCCGGCUCCCGGGGCUGAGGUGGAGACGGAGGACGCCAGCCGGGUUGUGGCGUAGCCGUCUCCCUUCUGCGCGCGCGCCUGAAGUCGGCGUGGGCGUUUGAGGAAGGCUGGGAUACAGCAUUUAAUGAAAAAUUUAUGCUUAAGAAGUAAAAAUGGCAGGCUUCCUAGAUAAUUUUCGUUGGCCAGAAUGUGAAUGUAUUGACUGGAGUGAGAGGAGAAAUGCUGUGGCGUCUGUUGUAGCAGGUAUAUUGUUUUUUACAGGCUGGUGGAUAAUGAUUGAUGCAGCUGUGGUGUAUCCUAAGCCGGAACAGUUGAACCAUGCCUUUCACACAUGUGGUGUAUUUUCCACAUUGGCUUUCUUCAUGUAAAAUGCUGUGGCACCAUCUCAGCUCACUGCAACCUCUGCCUCCUGGCCUCUUCUCCACACAGGUGCUCGAGUUUGGCUUUUCAUUGGUUUCAUGUUGAUGUUUGGGUCACUUAUUGCUUCCAUGUGGAUUCUUUUUGGUGCAUAUGUUACUCAAAAUACUGAUGUUUAUCCGGGACUAGCUGUGUUUUUUCAAAAUGCACUUAUAUUUUUUAGCACUCUGAUCUACAAAUUUGGAAGAACCGAAGAGCUAUGGACCUGAGAUCGCUUCUUAAAUCACAUUCUCCUUUUGUUAUAUUCUGUUUGUAGAUAAGUUUUUUUAAUCUCUCUACACAUUGCCAAAUGGAGUAGAUUGUACAUUAAAUGUUUUGUUUCUUUACAUUUUUAUGUUCUGGGUUUUGAAAUAGUUUUAUGAAAUUUCUGUUCUUUUUCAUUGCAUAGACUGUUAAUAUGUAUAUAAUACAAGAGUAUAUGAAUUGGAUAAUGAGUAUCAGUUUUUUAUUCCUGAGAUUUAGAACUUGAUCUGUUCCGUGAGCCAGGGUUAUAUCAUCAUGUUGUUUUAGAAGUAACCACUUUCUCUCUGGCUGGGCAUGGUGACUCACGCCUGUAAUCCCAGCACUUUGGGAGGCAAAGACAGGCAGAUUACCUGAGGUCAGGCUUGAGACCAGCCUGGCCAACAUGGCGAAACCCUGUCUACUAAAAAUACAAAAAUUAGCUGGAUGUGGUGGUGGGCGCCUGUAAUCCCAGCUACCUGGGAGGCUGAGGCAGGAGAAUUGCUUGAACCCUGGGGCGGAAUUUGCAGUGAGCUGAGUUUGCACCACUGCACUCUAGCCUGGGUGACAAAGUGAAACUCUGUCUCAAAAAAAAAAAAAGUAACCACUCUUCUCUCAGUAUCUCUAAUUUCUGAAGAUGUGCAAAAAAUAUAGCUUCAUAUAUCUGGAAUGAGCACUGAGCCAUAAAAGAUAUUUCAGCAAGUUGUAAUUUAUUUUGGCUUAAAAAUAAGGCUUUUUUGUAAAGGAAAGUGUUUGUUCUUAUGUAUUGAAGAAGUGUACUUUUAUAUAAUGAUUUUUUAAAUGCCCAAAGGACUAGUUUGAAAGCUUCUUUUAAAAAGAAUUCAUCUAAUAUGACUUUAUGUGAGAAGAGAUAAUACAUGAUCAAAUAAACUCAGUUUUUUAUGGUUACUGUAAAAAGACUGUGUAAGGCAGCUCAGUACCAUGCUUCUCAUAAAAGCAGCUUAAAUUAUCCACCCAGGUUAUCUUUUGACAACCUGCCAUUAUCUGAUGUUACACAAUUCAAUAGCAAGCAAGUUUGAGACAAUCGCAGUUUAAAAGCAUGAACCAUAUAACAAAAAGUGGAAUAGUUAAAGAUAAAGCACUUCUUCCCAAAGGAAAUUAGCAGCUAGUGAAAAAUUAGGCAUUUCAUCUCAGUUACCAACUGCAAGUCUCUCUUCGCUCUAGCUCUCAAGCUUUGGGUGAAUGUUCCUGCGAAAUAUAUCUUCAGCUUGAAAGUUCAUACUCCAAUCAAAAACUCCUUUUACUGAGUUUGCAGUACUGUAUUUGCACUGUUUGUAUUCCUCUGGGCCUUUAUUGCUCCUUUUGCUUUCCUUUGUUACACAGAUUUUGUGUUGCACUUUGUUCUCCAGCGGGGUGUUGUAGAGCCUUGGUUGUAUGAGUAAUACCAGCGGUAGUGUCCAUAGCUCACAUGCAGGCCCAUUUGGCAUCACUCCUCUCCUCUCUCAGAGGAUUUAUUGUGCACAGUGUAUGAAGCAGUUGUGGAGCGCUGUGCCUUUGUCAAGAUACCAUCUUGUUUGAUGACUUCUUUCUUUGCUGUUUUUCUUCAAAAUGUUAGCAAGCUCUGUCAUGCCUCUAGCAAAUUGUAAGACUAAUGAUUUGUUUCCACUCUCAUAACUUGUUGCAAUAAAUAUUACUUCUCAUGCAGUUUA